AAGUCGUGAAGAAUUUUAUUCUCACUAAAAACGAAAUCUCCUACAACAACAAUGUCUAAUAACGAAGAUAACCCUCCUGAAACAGACCAAGAAUCAUUUUCUCCAAAUAAGACAAAUGAAGACGUCGACGAAGAUUCCCAACAAGAUCCUCAACAAGAUUUAAUACAAGAAGAUGAUUCUCAGCAAGCAUCGCAAAAUGGGAAAGAAAAGCAGUCUGAAGAUGACAUGAUUAAUGAGCAAGAAGAGCAAAAGGAUCAAGGGCAGAAAGAGAAAGAAGAAGAAAAAGAUGAUCACGAACAGAACCAACCGGCUGGCUCAGAACAGUCAAAUGAAAACGAAAAGGUACACGAUGAGCAACGUAGCCCAUCUCCAAGUGGUUAUUCAGGAAUGAGUGAUGGUCCACCAGAAAGCCCUCCACCUUUGACUGAUCCCUACCCAAAACAAACGCUUCUUGUUAAUCCUAUUGAUCGUAAAUACAUCUGUCUUAAAUGUAAAGAGAUUCUUCGUGAACCCGUAAAGAUCAAGUUGUGUGGACAUUUCUUAUGUUAUCCUUGCUAUGAAGAUGUUUGGAGUGGGCAGACACCAAGAUGUCCAGAAGAUCAAUCGGAGCUCAGUGACAAACUGCCCAUUGUUGACAAGAAUUUCAGAAAUGAAAUCCUCCAACUAGAAGCGAAAUGUCAAAACCACGAGUAUGGAUGUGAAUGGAAGGGAAUAAUUCAGGAUUUUGUGAAUCACGUUGAAUUGUGUGAGUUUAUCAAGAUGGGAUGUGAGUAUGAUUGUGGUGCGAUCCUCUUAAAAUGCUCCAAAGAACAGCACAUGUUGAAAGACUGUCCUAAAUACUACAUCAGAUGCCCAUACUGUCAAGAUGUGAUCCUAAGAGAAAACAAAAAGAAUCAUUUCAGAGAAUGCGAAAAGCUUCCACUUCCCUGUCCUAACAAGUGUGACAAGAAGACAGUUGCAAAGAAUGAGAUGGACAACCACAUCAAAAAUUACUGUGGCCGCACAAAGAUUAUAUGCAAGUUUGAAGAUGUUGGGUGUGCACACAAGACAGGGCGAGAUAAGAUGACUGAUCAUUUCCUAACAGAAGCACAUAGUCAUGUCAGUCUGCUCGCAGAUCUCGAUUUGAAACACAAAGGAUUGUUAAAUGACAUUUUUAAGCGUGUCGAGGAGCAUGGGAUUGCUAUCACAGAGAAAAAUAUCCCUCGGAUUGAUGAGCUUGAAAAGAUGGCUCGUACACAGUUGAUAUGGCGAAUUGAAGACUACAAAGAGAAAUUGCGCCAGGCUAAAGAGGGUGAUAACGACACUCUAUUCCACCCUCCUUUUUCAACCAGUAAACAUGGCUACAGACUCAGCGCGUCUGUCUGUCUGAAUGGUGACGGAAAAGCAAAAGGAACCCACAUGUCCGUGUUUAUCAGCAUUCUCAAAGGUCCUUACGAUGCACUGUUGAAGUGGCCGUUUGAAUGCCGUGUGUCAUUCACUCUACUAGACCAAAAUGAAGACCCGCGAAAUCGAAAGCAUAUCAACUUUAGCAUAAAACCAAAUCCAUGUCCUGAGAAUGAUCCGUUCCUCGGUAGACCCAAAAUUGAGAAAAAUGCCAGUUUUGGAUGUGCUGAGUUUGCAAAACAUCAAGAAAUAAUGUCGAGGAAUUACACCGAUAACGACAAGCUUUUUUUGAAAAUAGCCGUCGACUGGAAAUGCGAUGUUGUGCCACAUCCAUAGAUGAUGCGUCGGUUCGCAUGGGAUUAACUUUUGCAUUAAUUGUUUCUUAUAUUUGUCAUUUUCUCUUGUUUUUGUUCAAAAUGCACACGCUCUUUGAGAUAUAAAUCGCUUGUCCAAAGACAAAAAAUGGUGGAAAAUAGCAAUAUACUAGUGUGAGUACUAGUUGUUUAACCUACAUUUUUAUUGUAUUGAAAUUGAUCUUUUUACACAGCUGUUAGAAAUAAUAAAGAGGAUGAAUAAGAAGGAGAGCUAAAAACUUUGAUGUGAAGUUUUUGGUGCUAACUUAGUGCCAACUGCACACUUUACUUUUAGUCUAGUUUCAUAUUGUGUUGACGGAUCCAUGUUGGCUUGACACAAAGCUUAAGGACAUUUUCAGUCUUCUUGCAAAUGAUUAGGGACAACUGAGAUGAAACUACCUCAACUUCUAAUUGACUAAUAAAGGUCUUUGUUCAUCAUUUAAAC